AUGGUCUACUACAAUAGCUCUCCAGGGCCCGGCAUGCUGAAACACGUGGCGGUGUCGCCGCACCGUGCGCGCGCAGACUCCGUCAGUCUCGCGUCCUCAGCUUCCUGCUGCAGCCUCGGCAGCCUCGAGCACCGGCACGACUCUGUCACUGAUCUGUCCCAUAGAACGACGACGAUAAAAGUGUAUGCACGCUGCCUCAGGCCGGACAUUGAAUACAAAACGCUGUCAGUAACGUGGGGUACUCGAGCGCAGGAAGUGGUUUCCACACUCCUGGGCAAGUUCCGUAUGAGGCACAGAGAUCCGAGGCUGUUCUACCUCAGCAUGGAAGUCAGAGUGAGGGCCGCGGGGCUAAGGACCACGUUGGUGUUAGACGAUGAUGCAAGGCCUGCAGCGCUGCAGGCGUGCCAUCCAAAGGGAUAUUCGAAGUUCCAACUUCAAAUGCGUCCUGGUGGUUUGAUCAAGAUCUACGACUCGGCGCUGAUGUCCUCCUCGCAGUACAAGUGCCUCCUGACCAGCGAAAGGACCACGGCAGACGAGGUCCUGGCGAUCUUGCUACACUGCUAUGAUUCCACUGAGGGUGUCGAGAGGUUCUCGCUCUAUGAGGUCAGUCCCUCGCAGGAGUACGAGCGUAAAUUACACCCUGAUGACCUUCCCCUGAUGGUACAGCGCGCCUGGCCUGUAGACAGCGACUGUCACUUCAGGGUACGGAGGAAUCCGAGAGCACCUCCCCUUCCGCCCCGGAGUCUACCUCCUCCCGAAGAAAUCCCCUCCGAAGACGAGGAACCUUCCAGAGCACUGUCAGCUCUCUCCCUCGAAGCUGAAGGCGAGAAGAAAAGAUAUAGCCCCGUCUACAAGUUCCCCAGCAUCAGCUACUGUAGGGAAACCAAGAAUGACUAUUUGUACAUCUGACUAGCCGUGUACUUAGCCAGGUUUAGACGAUUAAAGUGCCGCGCCAAAGGCCGUAAGCACCUGGAUGGAAUAGUGAGAAAGCGACUCUUGUGAAGUGUAAAUAACGUACAGUUUUGUGUAAAGUGUAAAUAUGGAUUAUGGAUUGCUGAGGUGUUUGGUGUAAGCUUUGGGCUCUCUCUGAUGGAACGGAGUGAAUCGUUGUGGCAUUUGAGAAUUUGAUCUAAGCUCUAAAGUAUUUAGGAACAUGGCUUUGUGUCUAAAACGAUUUUUCCUAUAAGAAUCUCCGAUGAGUAGUUUCAAUCAGCUAGGGUUCUCAGUGAGUGUGAAACCAAAGAGUUGUUGCAAUAAUGUUUGUAAUUAACCUAAUGAGGCAGUAAAAUAAUAAGUCAUAGAAAGCUCCAGAAUAUUGUCAGUAUUCAGAAGUACCUGGAAUAAUCCAGACUGGAGUACCACGAUACCAGUAAAUAUGACUUGAAAAUAAAUACAGGAACAUUUAUAAUGUUAAUUAAAUGAAGUCACAAUUGAAUUGAUAGUAUUUAAGACGGUCAUAGCUUUUGCCAUUGUAUUACUCAAUGCGCUGCUGGAAGUAAGUGGUGCCUAUAUUUUGUAUAUUUGAGAUGUAGCCAAGUAUGAUGC